UAUGCUCCGGUCAUUAUAUUAUCUGUGAAUAAAUUUGUUGCUUCACGUCAGCCUGUCGGCUAUAUUUUAUAAUUUUUUUCAAAACAACUACAAAACAAAAGUGUAAUUUUAUCCAUUUACACAAAUUAAGCUCAAAAUUAAUUUCAAAUUAUGGAAUAUAUAGCAUCUGAAAAAGGAGAUUCGACAGAGAAUCAAGAUCCAAAUUCCCUAGCUAAUGGCACAUCAAAGGCAGCGGAGAAACCGAGUGUGGAUGGCGAAAAGUCGCAUAUAGAAGCACCAGUGGAGAGCGCGCCGUGCACGUCGGAAUCCACAGAAGACACUGAAAUUUGUGAAAUACCAGAACAGGUUGAAUUUACAGUAGUGUUUAAUAAAGCGAAACAUGACAUAACGUUUGCAUACGACGCGUCUGUGCUAGAACUGAAAGCGCACUUGGAAAGAAUAUGUGGUGUUCCACAAUCAGCGCAGAAACUGAUCAUAAAAGGCAUGGCUCGUGACGACAUGACUCUCAGGAAAGCCGGCGUAGUUAAAGGCGGGAAGGUUAUGCUUGUUGGAUCUAAAAUGGAUGACAUUUUAGCUGUUAAGAGUGCUCCCAAGGAAAUCUUAGAAGAAAAAGCCAGUAGCCAGUCAAGCAAAGAACCUUUAUGCAUGCAGAAAAUCCACAGGAAAGUAUUAGAUAAGGGCAUCCCACCUGAUGUUAUGCCUGGCAUCAAAGGUGUUAAGGAACCACUGCCACCUGUACCCUUAAGUGGAAUGUUAAAUAAACAUGGGGGGAAAGUACGGCUCACAUUCAAACCAGAGCAGGAUCAGCUUUGGCUUGGAACUAAAGAGCGCACUGAAAAGCUUGCCAUGACUUCUAUCAAAAGCAUCACAUCAGAGCCUAUCAAAGGACAUGAAGAAUAUCACAUUAUGGGUCUGCAACUCGGCCCCACAGAAGCUUCUAGGUAUUGGGUAUAUUGGGUCCCAGCUCAGUACAUAGAGGCCAUAAAAGACGCAGUACUCGGUGUAUGGCAAUUCUUCUAAGUAAAUUUAUCAAUAUUCUCUAUAAAAUUGCUAUUUCUACCUUUCCUCAAAAAUUGGGUAGUUGCAAUACAAAAUUACUGAUGUGUAUGGUGUCCAUUUCAAAAGGUACAAUGUAAUGGUACCAUUUCUUUUGUGAUAUCACUAUGCCAUGUCAAUUAAAAUUGUCCAUUUGAAUACUGGCAUCUAUCUGGUCAACGUGAAAUUAUUUAUUAUUAUUAUUGUGAGUUUGCAUUUUUUAUAUUUGGGUUCAGUGAGCUGUACAUAACUGAUAAUUUUUUAAUAAUGUAUCAUUGUACAUCCAUUAUGAGCUUAUUGUCCCAAGAGUUUCUAAUCUGAUCUCUUUAUGUAAACUUUACAAUAUUGUCACUCAGUGAAGGAUUGGAAGGGAUCAUUAGACCAAUGGCCAUUUUAAUAGUGCUUAGUAAUUUUAUCAUGUGACAGUGAUUUUGGCGGUUAAUGUCCAUACCAAUCCUUCACUGAAUACUUUUGAUCAUAGAAUUAGACAAAUAAAAUGUUUUGAAUAUUU